AUGUCGGCCAGCAACUUUCUUAAAUUCGUAUUUAACAAAUUUCGUUUGAAACCGUUGCAAAGUAUGGCUUCUUUAGAUACUGUACAAAGAUUAGAAACAAGAGCGACGCAGGUUGAAAAUUUAAUUUCUGCUUUAAAAACUGAGGUAGUUGAAUUGCAGAAAGCUGCAGCAUUUUGUCAACAAAAUAUGCAAAAAAUAAAUGUAAAUACGGUUGAAGAAAUAAAAUUGGAAAACGAUAAGCUAAGAAGAGAAAUUGAAAUUUGGAAAGGACGAUUAAUUCAAGCCGAAACUAAAUUAGGAAUUGAACAAGUUCUGACACCAACAAUUACCAAAAAAGAAACAUCUGCCGAACCUCCACCUAAGGUUACUCAAGAACCUAAAGAAAAAGAAAAAUCAGUUGAGAAGAAGAAACCAGAAAAGGUUAAAGCUGCAGAUGAUGAAAGUAAAAAAGCUAGUAGCAAGCAACAACCGACUAAAGGGAAAAAAGAAGAUGAGCUUCCUGUUGAUGUAAGAAGAUUGGAUAUAAGAGUUGGUAAAAUAAUUAAUGUUAAAAAACAUCCAGAUGCUGAUUCCCUCUAUGUAGAAGAAGUCGAUGUGGGAGAAGACAAACCAAGAACGGUUGUUAGCGGUUUGGUUAAAUAUGUUCCAAUCGAAGAAAUGCAAAACAGAAUGGUUGUCGCUUUAUGUAAUUUGAAACCUGCUAAAAUGAGAGGUGUCACAUCUGAGGCCAUGGUUUUAUGUGCUAGCACUCCAGAAAAAGUUGAAGUACUUACACCUCCACCUGGAAGCUGUCCUGGAGAUAGAAUAACAGUCGAAGGAUAUCCAGGAGACCCUGAUCCCGUUUUAAAUCCAAAGAAAAAAAUAUUCGAAACUGUUGCUCCUGAUUUGAAGACUGAUGGGAAAAAAAUAGCAACAUACAAAGGUGUGCCUUUUUCUGUGACAGGAAAAGGAGUUGUAACAACUCAAAGUUUGAUAGAAGUUCAAAUCAAAUAA